AUGACGAACUCGUGCGAAGAAGUGACCGAAGCCAUCAAAACGUCAAGUCAACUGCCGUCUCCAAACGAAUUCGGCGGCGGCAACCCUUUUCUAAUGUUCCUCUGCAUCACGCUCCUGUUGCAACAUCGCGAUCAUAUCAUCGGCAAAGGCAUGGACUACAACGAAAUGGCCAUGCAUUUCGACAAGAUGGUCAGGAAGCAUAACGUCGUUAGGGUUUUAAACCAAGCUAGGCAGAUGUAUGCUAGGUACAUUAAGCAACAUACGGCGGUUCAUCAAAAAGAAGAAAAUAGAAUUCAGGACUGUUAGUAGCAGUGGAAUUUUCAUUAUGUUACUGUGAUAUAUUCGACUUUUGUUAUUGUUUUUUUAUUAUUCGAAAUAUAUAGGAUAAUUUUACGGCG